AACUAAUCUAAUAAUAGAAGAAAAUACUCUCACUAAUUAUAACAACGUCAAAGAAAUAUUAAAAAUAAAAUAAAAUUGAUACGGAAGUAGUACUACUUGAAGCAACCUUCAAUUUGACCAAGCCGGUGAUUACAAUAAACACAAAAUUUUUCUAGUAUAGAUUACAAGUUCAUCAAACUACUUGCAUUUUUUUUUUUUUUUGACAUCAACUACUUGCAUAUUAAAAUAACAGCUUUAUGAAAAUAAAUAAAAUAAUGUCCCAUACUUUAUUCAUUAAUCUUCCAUCAUACAUUAUACGUAGUAUCAAAAUAAUAAUUUAUUCAUUAAUCAUCCACCUUAAUUCAGCAGCAAUAAUACUAUUAACACCUUCUAACUACUUCAAAAGCUAACAAUCAGUUGCAAUCAUCAACAAACAUCAUCGCUUCCAUAGAAAGGCAAGCACUCUUAAGGACUCAGCCAAACACCCAACCUCAGCAAACCCGAGAGUUAUUAAAUUAUUGUAUAGUCUUCCCCAAAUUUUGACAACGAACUAAUCGAAAACAACUGAUAUGAUACGAUAGAAAAUAACAGACAUAAUACAGAUAAUAUUAUAUAUAAUGGUAAAUUACGAUUCAUCCAUAUACUGCAUCCAUUUGUAAGUCCGAUUAUACGAUAACCAAUCUCGAGAAAGAGUCUCACCUUACAACUCACAGCAUAUACAUGUAAAAUAAUACUAUCAUCAUAAAGGUUUCACAAUCUCAAGUCUGUAAAAUAGCUUUGAAUAAUCUUCCUCACAAUUGACAGGUUCCUUUUCAACAAGUUUUUGCUGUUGGUCAAUCCUCAUCCAAUUCUCAUUCAGCAAAAACAACUGCUCAACCAUUCGAGGGGAGGCCCACCCUCUCCCUUAGAGUUAAAACUUAUAUCCACAGCAAAAUCAUAUAAAUCAAUACUCUAAUAUGCAAAGGUCUAACAAAAUAUGUUUAAUCCACUCCUGCCCUCAAGAAAUUCGGCAUAUCUAUCUACGAUACCGGAGGGAGAUAUCCAGAGGGCCUUCUUCAAGUGCACAAAAUGGCAGCUGGAAGAAACACUAGAUCCGCUCAACUGUCCGUACCACUACUACUGCAACAGCAACUAUUCAGGAGAUUACCCAUCUUGGGUUGAUAAUUUGGCAAUUGUCUUCAUCACCAUUACGUUCUUAGCAACCACAGUUUUGAUGGUGGUGGGGAUGAUAGGAGGGAGAAAGGCAACUCCCCUUACUCGACUCAAUCAGUUAAGGAGAUACUUUCUUCCAUCAGGUCCUAUUUUCCUACCCAUCAUUCUCGUCAUCAUGGCAAAAGGACACAGGGUAAACACUGUGUUCCCUAUGUCGUAUAAUGGUCCUGCAAUCCUCCACCUGGUUCGGAUUUCUGCUCUCGCCUUCAACACUGAAACUGACAGCCACUUCAAGUAUGUGUUCCUUGAGGCAUCAACUAUAUCAGGAAUCCUACAUACAGCACUGUACUUGGACUCAAUUAUCUUGCCUUACUACACAGGUCUUGAUGCCCUAAUGUUGUCUAAAUUCUCAGGUGAGUGCUUGUCCUGUGUCUGUAGGCAGCAGCCUCUAAUUGUGGGAGGUAUGCUGGUCUACAGGGGAUGGUCAGUAACUACCGCUUUGGUAGUGGCUACUCUGAUAUUCAGAAUAUUCGGCAGGUUGACAACCGAAGAAAGCAAAGGGAAAACUAUGUUGAUGAAGUUUACUAUGGAAAGUUUAAGUUGGAUCUUAAUGACUGUAGAAUGUUUCUACCUACUAAUCAUUCCUCCACCAAUGAGAUCUUGGACAAAAGCAGCUAGUUUCAGUGGUGUUUUAGUUUUGAUGUGUCUCCAAUUUCUUAAAAAGAUUACUACUUCUAUUGUUGCUCAAUACAAUGGCAACUCGCAAAAUCCAGGAUGGUAGUAGAUAAUUUUGCAACAAGAAUGAAAA